CCCACCUAAACCGUUGUCGAAGAAAUCGCUCUCUGCCAGUUUCAUCUUUCUUCGGAGUCUGAAACGGCAGUCCAUAGAAAAAUGGCGUCCGAUUCCCAGUUGAUUGAGCGGCUGCGGGAGUUCUUGAGCACGUCGGACCUCAACAAGACGACGACCGCCAUUGUACGCCGCCAAUUGGAAGAGGAUUUCGGAAUCGAUUUGUCGGAUAGGAAGGCGUUUAUUAGGGAACAGGUCGAUGUUUACCUCCAAAACCAAUUUGAAAAUGCUGCUGCCGAUAAUGAAGGGAGAGUUAACGACGAAGGAGAUGCUGAGGAUGAAGUGGAGGGACCGGGGGAGGAGGAUCCGGAAGAGGAAGGAGGCGGAGGAGGAGAAGAGGAGGAGGAGGAAGAAGCAACCGAAGCUAGCAACUCAAAUUCCUCCAGUAGAAAGCGCCCUAGAAAGACAAAAGAGAGCAAGAGGCGAGGUGGAGGCGGAGGUUUCACCAAAGUUUGCAGUCUUUCUCCAGAACUUCAGAAAUUUACAGGAGCAGCUGAGUUAGCUCGGACUGAGGUUGUGAAACAACUGUGGGCAUAUAUUAAAGAGAAUAAGUUGCAAGAUCCAUCCAAUCGUCGGAAUAUCAUUUGCGACAAUUCCUUGCGCAAACUCUUUAAUGUUGAUACCAUAGAUAUGUUCCAAAUGAACAAGGCCCUGGCAAAGCACAUUUGGCCUUUGGAUUCUGAUGGGGCUCCAGUCAAUUCUGCACCAAAAGAGACACUAAAGAAGGAAGAAAGAGAUGAAGAUGAACCUGAGAGGAAAGAAAAGCGCCAGAAAGGAGGAAAGUCGGCUUUCCUUGCACCUAUCAAACUUUCUGAUGCUCUGAUAAAGUUCCUAGGCACAGGAGAAAGUGAACUGUCUCGAUCUGAUGUUGUUAAGAGGAUGUGGGAUUACAUCAAACUAAACAACUUGCAGGACCCUGCGGACAAAAGGCAAAUAAUAUGCGAUGAGAAGCUGAAAGAACUUCUUAAUGUGGAUAAAUUCCAUGGAUUCUCUGUUACAAAACUGCUGACUGGUCAUUUCAUAAAGGCUGAGCAGUGAUUUGCUCAGAAGUUUCUUUUAGUGAGCCUCCAUUAGGUGAUGGAAAUUUUACAUGGCCGAGUGUUCCUGCUUGGCAGACAAUUCCUUGGUGCGGUAUUAGCUGAUUACUUACAAAGUAAAAAAACAAAUGGUAAGAAAAAUCAAAUGUAGUGUCCUUUGACAUCUUGUAACUUCGUCCAUUGGUAAUUCACCAAGACAAGGACAACUGUGAAUAUGAUGUUGAACUCUUAUAAUUAUGCACAUUUUCAUUAUCA